GUGAAAUAUCUCCAUAUCCCAGGAGUGGUCAUUGCUGUGCUGCAGAUGAUUCAAAUCUUUACAUAUACGGGGGAUAUAAUCCAGUAUAUGAAGUGAGAAAUGUCAAACCUGUUUAUAAUAAAUUAUUUAGAGAGCUCUGGAGCUAUAACUUCAGCACUUGUACAUGGACAUUAGAGAAUGAUACUAAUGGUGAAAUUCCGGAAGAAACGGCUUCCAUGUCCAUGGCUAUAUCUGGUAAUUGUCUACUACUAUUUGGUGGUACUAGUUUUCCAUGGGGAGAAAAGUCCAAUAAAGACGUCUAUGUGUAUCUUAUAAAACAGAAAAAGUGGGAUAAACUGCAGUGCAUCGGAGAUAGUCCCCCAGCAAAAUAUGGACAG